AUGGGUUCUGAAUACAAAGACGUAAGCGCCAAAGGCAUGGCAGCUUACAGAGCGCCAUCGCUUCUCCAACCUCACAAGGCUCGUCAAGCCUUGCGCGAUGCUCACGAGGGUAAAAUCAGCCCUCUAAUUGGCUAUUACUGCGGAAUUCCGGCAGUUUCUACAGCUAGAGUCAUGGCUCAGCUGGGCGCAGACUUUGUCUGGGUUGAUUGGGAGCACGCAUCUUGUGGCGUAGAAACCAUGACGACAAUUGUCCACGAAAUUCAACACAUCAGCGAGGGUAAAACAAUGGCGUUUGUCAGAAUCCCGGGCCAUGACCAUGCUUCAAUUGGCUACGCUCUAGAUGCAGGAGCCUCAAUCAUUGUGCCGCAAGUCGAAACUGUCGAACAAGCUGAGCACAUCGUAUCGGCCGCAAAAUUUGGGCUCGCACAAAAAGGCACCCGAUCGGCGCCUCCUGCCCGCUGGCUUCCGGGUUUGGGCGACAAGACAAUCGAUCCAACGCGCUCAGUUUUCGAAAGUGUCAACGACCAAGCCGCCCUCGUCAUCCAGAUCGAGUCUGAGAAGGGUAUCAAAAACUUAGAUGCCAUUCUCACCGCAGUUGGGGACCGUAUCGACUGCGUCUGGAUUGGAACACUUGAUCUGCGUGUCAGCAUGGGACUGAGCGGAUUCUGGGGUCCCGAGCCCGAAUUCUUGAAUGCUGUUCAGCUCUAUGAAGAAACUCUGAAGAAGCACGACAAACCCAAUUCGGGCAUGUGUGCCGCUGGAAACUGGGCCUCCGGGGCGAACAAGUCUUUGGUCAUUACAACCGGUGACUUGUUUGCCUUCUUAGGCCAGACAGGUGUUCUCCAAGAGGCGAGGGACAAUCUGAAGCCUACGGAUAAGCGACAGAAGCGUACUUAG